AUGAGUUCUCAAUUGGCGCCUGGAGCACCCAAACCAUUAGGAUCGACCACACAGAAUCCUAACUCCAAUGGUCCUAUGCACCAGCCUCCUUCAUUUGGGCCUCACCCAGGUUCAUCCAGUGAUCCUCAGAUUAUGUCGAUUGGUCAUAGUAAUGUGCAACAACAUACACAUCCUGGGGUUACCUUACCCGUACACCACGCUCCUUUAUUUGCGAAUCUUCCUUCCUCAUCUGCCGCUUUUUUCCCAAACCGCAAUCAGCCUGCACGUCCCACCCCUUCUCUUAUACCUAACCAAUCUGAACCUUGGCGUUCCCGUGAUCUUCCUCCGAUCCCUCCUCCUAGUCCUUCUGUCGAUAGCACGAUGAGCGAUGGAUCAAACGACACUAUCACACCAACACACACAAGCGACGCAGGACAAACAGCUGGUUCUGGCCAAUAUAUGUCGCCCACACAUUCAGGCUCGGCUCCUCUGUCGCAACAACAGACGAUAUCUUUCCCCUCUCAGUCUCUCAAUGCUCAGCACGCACCAUCGCUACCGGCUCCCGCCUCUCAUCCUUCUCACAUACCCCCAAACCAACCUCCCGGCUCCAAUGCGCAGUUUCAUGACCCCUCGAACAACCCUAGCGCCCACCAAAAUGGUUCUGCGCCCUACGAUCCAAACGUGGGGACUAGUGUCCCUCCCUCUUUCUCGCAGCCCCACCAGACUGCGCCGGAACCGAAUGUCCAGGCUGGUCCUUCUGGUUCCUCCUCCAAUCAGGAUUGCGCCUUGCCUUCGGACCAAGGAAAUCAAGGAGCAUCAUCUUCCAGCAACAAGGGGAAAGAAAAGGAAUUGGAUCCAACAGAACUGCUGAGAGAAAUAGCAGACUCAUUCAACCGCCGUCAAAAAGGUACCGGCAAGAGGUCCGAAACCCUAUCCAACAAGGUUACGAAGAAAAGUCCAGGCGAACCCUAUCGCCUUGUGAAGGAAGAUCUCGAUUACAACCAAAAGAAGCUCUUGGUUUGCUUGUUCCUUUGGGUGCGAAUCUUAUGGGGACUCUUGACUGUUGACCAAUGUCCUACAAUCCCUCUCCCCGCUGAUUUGGAUGUGUUUGAUUCCCGAUUCUCGACCGAGCGUGAGGUUGAACAGGCUCGUAGUUCUGCUCCCCUUAUUGAUCCAAGGCUUGUCUCAUUGACAUCGCGCGUCGAAUUGAUUGCGCGACGCCGUAAAAACUCGACCUCCGUCCACGCAACCACCAUUCCUGAAACCAACUUUGACCACGUGCGAGUUUUACUUUCACAAUUUGGACUCGAGCACUGGCGUGUUCAUCUCGCCUCGACACCCGAUUCCCUUUACAACAAGGCCUGUGAACUUAUCGCGCUCGACUCGUUUCGGCAAGCCAUUCUAAGCGGAGCUUUCAAACACAUGGACUGUCCGUCGAAACUCGCUUCAAGUCGGGACCUCCAUCAAAGGUUGUAUUAUCACGUUGUUUUUCAUUACUUCUAUGGGAUUUGGACGUCGGAGCAGAGUAGCCCAGGCAGGAAUAGAACGAGGAAUGAGACUAAUGCCAUCAUCAAGAACUGGUUAAGACUCGCAAAAGCGCGCAAAAAGUUUCUGGUCGACAACGGCUACCCCGAGCGGUAUCAAAUUCUAGCCGAUCCUAAAGCUACGUCUGACGAUGAGUACAAUCCGUCGACGGAGGAAUUCGAGGUCAAGAAGCGGCCAGAACGCUCACAAGCGGCAGAAAUUUGGUAUCGAUGCCUUGACGAGGUAAUGGGCUUAGGUGGCCAGUUCAAAAGAUCGAAACGAAGGCCUCGACACGCACCCCUUGUUCAAAAGCCCACAGUCUUGCAAAUGUACCCAACCGGCAUGCCCCUUGAUUAUUUCCACCCCGAGUACUACAACCAACUGCCUGUCCAUGCGAGGAAAUUAGCUGUCCUAGGCGGGGAAAAUGAGGAUAACGAGUUGAAGGGAAAGUUACGCCUGGCUUUCCUCGAGGAUCCUCGACUCUCGUUUGCAACCCAGGAUGCACAAAUUGAAUUCAUGGAGAAAAAGAUGUCGGACGAAAAAUUCUUUUCCGAGCGAUUCGCGAAAGUGCUUGGUUCCUAUGCUUUGAACGGCGAGUACAAUUCUGAUGUGGAGAUGUCCUGA